UAUUCAUAUGAUCAACUUCGUGCAACUAAGAAAGAGCUGGAAUAUUGAUCAAACUGUACAAUUUCGUUUUAUACAUUAAUCAGUGAUAGAGCUUAGGAGAUGGCGGCAAGAAAUAAUCUCAAGCUGCUGGCGGCGUUCUUUUUGUGUUUUAGAACCAUUUCUGGCGUCUACUAUUUCGGCUAUAGUGAGUGUCACUACAGCAAGAGCAAGGUAAAAUGUCUUGGUGGCGGGUACGCCAUACACAGAGCUGGUUCCCAAUUACAGCGUUUCCCGGACCUGCGCAACAGUGAGACCUGUUUGAAAAUCAGUGACAAUCUUAUUAAAGCGUUUCCUGCCGACCUUGAACUGUAUAGAAGUGUUUCAGUGCUUGAUGUGUCCAAAAAUCGUAUAUCUACUUUGCCGAAUAAUUUGGAUGCAUUAAACCAACUGAAGGCGUUGGAUAUCAGCGAAAACCUCAUUUCGAAGUUGUCCCCGACCAUCCGAUUCCCAUCGACAUUGCAAUCGCUUCUGAUUUCAAAGAACAGGAUACAGAUCCUACCAGACAGUAUCAAAAUACCAGGCCUCUUUGUUCUUGACGUGUCUGGCAACCAGCUCAGUGGUAUCACAAAGGGAUUUUGUAUGUCUGAUCAGCUUAUCCGCGUCGACUACUCGGAAAACCCAAUUGGAACGGACCUGGCCCCUUAUGUGGAUACUUUGAACGGAUGCCCGAACGCAAACGGAAUACCGUUUUGUCUGUUUACUGAUAGAAGUCUCAUGGCGUGUGACUGUGAAAAUCUUGCAGGAAUCCUUGGAAAGCCACCGGCAUUUCAGUUUGGAAUGAUAGAACAAAGCAAAUAUAUGACGUGUGCGGAGGGAACCAGUACACCAGAGUAUGCAAAGAAAGAAAUAUUUAACGUCGGCGCCACUGAUUUCAAUAGCACUUGUGCAUCUGCCAUCGUAGCUUUGCAAAAUAAAAAUGGUGAUCACAAAACAUCUGAUAGCGUCGUAAAUGUUCGAAUAGGCCCAGUUUUGAUGGUUUUCUCAGUUCUUUUCAGUGUUUUGUAAAUAUAUUGUUCUAAAUGAUUUUGUAAAAUGAGUAUUAUCGCUUUUAGAUCCAAUUAAGACCAAUAUUGAAUACCAGCCCUGACCUUGUUAAAAAUAUUGACUUAAUUGACCGUUAUAAAUAAGUUGCCGUUUUGUAUUUCAUAUGAUAAUUUUAUAUUAAAAACCCAAGUAUGUACAAAGGUAUUGAACUAAUGAAAUCGCAAAACAUCGUCAUUUUUCUUUUUGUUUUGUUUGUGUCUAUAUGUGUAUCCUUGUAGUAUACCAUGUAUCAUUGUGACCACAUUAAUUGUUUUCUGAUGCAUAUCAUGCUUUGUCAAGAAAAUGUUAUUAACAUCCUUACAACAAUAAUCAAUUAUGUUUGUCUGUCUGAUAAUAAUUCUAGUUCAGUCGGAAAUUAGUUGUUGACCUUAUUAUGUUAGGCAUGUAGUGUCUGUAUUGUAAAUGGGCGUAUUAAGCCAAGCCUUUUACUUUUUAAAUUUGGAUAAAUAGAGUCUGUGUUGGGGUCUUUGAUUAUGUGUUACCUGUAUCUGAUUAUGAUAUAUGUUUAGUGUUUGAUAACAUGCUUGUUCAUUAUAUGACUGACAUGAUGGAUCAUUGUGCUGUUGAAUUGUAUAUGAAUAAACUACUGUGUCCUUGUUACCCAAGUAUGUACAAGAACAAUGUACAAUUGUUAAAUGGUUAACAAAUUUGCAAACUGAUUUAAAUGAAAACAUGUAUUGCAAAUAAAUUAUUUAGAAGAAAAAACAUUCAGUCAUUAUUGAAUAACGAAACAGAUUUUAAUUUUUUCAUAUAUUAUUUAUUACAUUUCUUAUCAAAUUUAUUGCAAAACAUUUACUGUGAGGGAAGAAAGCUAUCAUGAAAACAGUCAAGCUGGUUUAACACUGAGUGCAAAAGAACUAAAGAUAAUUCUUAUUGUAGCACGAAAACAUUUGCUUCUGUCGAAAAUAUGGUUAAUCUUAAUUUAUUUUUGCAAGCUAGGAACGAAUAUAAUUUUGCUAAACGUCAAGCAAAAAAUAUUUACUGAAGUAAAGAUUAUUAUCUUAACGCUUCUUAAGUAAAUCAAAUUCGCGUAAGUUUUGGAAGUUUAUUAAGAAAUGUAAUCAAUUGAAAUCAGUUGUAAACAAUGCAGACAAAACUGAAUUUGUAAAUCAUUUUAAGAAUAUGGCUUUCACGAUUGAGCCGAUGAUGUUAAUAACGAAAAUGUUAAUUGUGAAACAACGAGAACCUCUUUCACUACUCUCGUUUUUUUUUUCGUUUUAUCAUUUAUCAACGAUGUAAGCGAUAGUAUAGCCUUAUACUACCUCGCUCUACGGAUAUUGAUAGACGAUCCUUAUGUCUGUGACUUUUUGCUGAUGGUAUCAAUUUGGCGUAUUUACACAGUGUUACCACAGGUUCACAAAACCUGCAAUUUCAGCUCAAUUGUAUACACACUUAAUACAUAAGUGGUGUGUAAUGGGUGAACAUGGUGCAAUGAAUACAAAUGUAAAUAUUAGGAAAUACGCCAAGUGUAAGAAAUAAAAUUCGAGAGAGAGAGAGAGAGAGAGAGAGAGAGAGAGA